AUGAUGAAACUAUUUUGUUGGUUUCUAACAAAGAAAAGCAACUCUUCUGCCUUCUUACCCUACAAAUUUUCCAGUGAAAUAUAUACUCUUGUACAGCCAGGUAAUAUGCACCGGAGUUUUACUGGAUGGUCAUGUGCCCCACAAAACCAGUCUCUACCACUAAAAGCAAAUUCGUUUCUGCAAAAGUGUGUAUGGUUAUUUCAUUUUUGGCAUUGCCAGUCUCAGGCUUGGUCAAAAGGACUGCCUCCAAUUGAGAACUGGGGUAAAACAAACCUUGGCACCCAAGAAAAUAUCAAUAAAUAUAAUCAUCCAUCAUCCAACCCUAGGUAUAUAUUAGAGCUUAGGGGUCUGGAAGUAGGAUAUGGCAUUAUUCGAGCUGAACUCAGCUGA